AUGGCUGCCAAUCAAACCCUUACGACCAACUGUUUUAUGGCUGGUCUCCCCGAAGACAGGUUGUUCUAUUUCCAAGACGAACAGGAACAUAUGAGCCUGGAGUGGUUGCAAGCCCAUCUUGCUUGUGGAGACGUCAAGCUCAGAUACCGCAACCUGGGUUCCGCCCCAGAGGCGGAAGCUGAGAUCCGGGCCGCAAUCGAAGAGUAUUCCUGGUACGAGCCAAUCAAGUCCAUCAGAUACAACACGGACUUCCACCUAUUUUACGUUUCAGGAUUGGUAGAAGAGGGGCUUCGUCGAAGCUCUUUGGACGAGUCAACCGCGUGGUUCUCCAUCUCGAAGUCGCAUCCCGAUGUCAUCUUGAGACUGGUCAGAGGAUCUCAGAUUGGACCCCUCUGGGUACAUACGGCGACCUUCAUGUGCGACCCGCUUGGCGAACACUUUCCACACGAGGCCCUGAAUCCGAUACCGGAGCCUCCGAGGCUUGUUGCGGAGGAUGUAGAAACCGAACCCACGAUGGAUAUCGCUGGGCCUUCAACAAAGGACUUCGCCUUUACCGAGAGCCAAGCUAAAGAGACUGACGAUGAUGACAAAAACAGCAUUGCUAGCUCUGAAAGUCGUCGUACUGCCAUUUGUCAUGCGCCCAGUCAGAGUUCGCGAAUCAUAUCCAUCACAGACGUCGGGUUUACGCCCGUUAAGGAAAUCGAUGUUUUGGAUUCCUUGGAAAAAUCUUUGUAA